AUGGCCGUCCACAAAACCAUUGACGACGAAUUCCCCUGCUCGCUAACAAUCAACGUCCCCUUCCCGACCCCGCGCCUAGCCUCCGUCGCACAUAAGGCCCUCGCUGUCGACCAGGAGCUCUCACCCCUCGUCAGGCGCACCUUUUCCAUCGAUGGCGACGCAUCAUCAUCCUCCUCCUCCUCCUCUCCGGGCACCGUCGACGCCGACGCCGCCUCUGUCCUUCGCGUACACUACAAGGCCACCACGAAUCGCAUGCUCCGCGUCGCCGUCAACGGCCUCAUGGAGAGCCUCAACCUUGUCGUUGAGGUUAUGGAGGAGCUGGACGUCGAUGUCCUGGAACACAACCGAGAUUCAUCGCAAUGA